ACCCCCCACUUUUUUUCCUCCUAUUUAUGAAAACGUCACUUUAAGUCCCUCCCUGUUUGAAUCUCAUUAGUUUCUUGUGUGUUUCUCCCUGUCAAUAAUCCUGAAUCCAGACUCUCUCUAUUUCCAUCCCUCUCUAUCUGUCAAUCAGCGCCGCCUUUGAACUGAAAACCACUCCGACCAACUUCAACUCACUCAAUCCGAGCGGCUCGGCUCCUUCUCCGGCUUCCUUUUUCUGCCAACAUUCCCUUCUUUUUCACUUUUGUACCGACCGCCAGAGCUUUGGAAAACGCCAGUACAGAGCCCCCUUUUAAACAAAACUUGAAUUCGGACUUUCUAGAACCGAGAAAUCAAGGGGUUUAAAACUUUGUGUUUUACCCUCUCUAUUUUUUUUUUUUUUUUCCGGGGGGGAAAAUGCCGCAGCUCAACGGCGGCGGAGGGGACGAUCUGGGCGCAAACGAUGAAAUGAUUUCUUUCAAAGACGAAGGGGAGCAGGAGGAGAAAAUUUCGGAGAAUUCUUCGGCAGAAAGGGAUUUAGCAGAUGUCAAAUCGUCGCUUGUAAACGAGUCGGAAACGAAUCAGAACAGCUCGUCGGAUUCAGAGGCGGAAAGACGGCCUCCGCCUAGAUCUGAAACUUUCAGGGACAAAACGAGAGAAAGUUUAGAAGACGCUGCGAAAAGGCAAGAUGGAGGGCUGUUCAAGAGCCCACCGUACCCGGGCUAUCCGUUUAUAAUGAUCCCCGAUCUCACCAGUCCCUACCUCCCCAACGGAUCACUUUCUCCGACAGCGCGCACAUACCUACAGAUGAAAUGGCCCCUGCUAGAUGUUCAACCAGGAGGUCUUCAAAGUAGACAAGCACUUAAAGAUGCCAGGUCCCCUUCACCAGCACACAUCGUUGGGCCCUUCUGCUGGGAAUUCCCCGGACAGUCAGAUCUGAGCCUUCACCAAUUUCAUUUGUCUAAUAAGGUUCCUGUGGUACAGCACCCUCACCAUGUGCACCCUCUCACGCCUCUGAUCACUUACAGCAAUGAGCACUUCACACCGGGGAACCCCCCACCUCACCUACAAACAGACGUGGACCCUAAAACAGGAAUUCCAAGGCCUCCACAUCCUCCAGAUAUAUCUCCUUAUUAUCCGCUGUCACCUGGCACUGUUGGCCAAAUCCCCCAUCCGCUAGGAUGGUUAGUACCACAGCAAGGUCAACCUGUUUAUCCAAUCACAACAGGGGGGUUUAGACACCCCUACCCAACUGCGCUCACUGUCAACGCAUCCAUGUCAAGUCUUCUGUCCUCUAGGUUCCCUCCACACAUGGUGCCUCCCCACCACAGUUUGCACACCACGGGCAUCCCACACCCGGCCAUCGUCACCCCCAACGUCAAGCAGGAAUCGUCCCACAGCGACAUCAGCUCUCUGAACAGCUCGAAACAGACAGAUGCUAAAAAGGAAGAGGAGAAAAAGAAACAGGUCCACAUAAAGAAACCUCUGAAUGCCUUCAUGCUCUACAUGAAGGAGAUGCGAGCCAAGGUGGUAGCAGAGUGCACACUGAAGGAAAGCGCUGCCAUCAACCAGAUCCUGGGGCGGAGGUGGCAUGCGCUAUCGCGGGAGGAGCAGGCCAAAUACUAUGAACUGGCCAGGAAAGAACGACAGCUCCACAUGCAGCUGUACCCCGGCUGGUCAGCACGAGACAACUAUGCGGCUAACCAACAGGGGAAAAGAAAGAAGAGAAAAAGGGAAAAGCAACAAGCAGAGAGCAAUGAACACAGAGAAUAUUUUCCAAACCCUUGCCUUUCACUCCCUCCGAUUACAGAUGCAAAUACCCCAAAGAAGUGUCGUGCCUUGUUCGGGCUUGACCAGCUGAGUUUAUGGUGCAAACCAUGCAGGAGAAAAAAAAAGUGUAUUCGCUACAUCCAAGGUGAAGGCAGCUGUGCCAGUCCUCCCUCUACGGACGGAAGCUUACUAGACUCCCCCCCAUCCUCCCCCUCUUCAGUGGUACCCUCCCCCUCCUCAAAAGAGUCCAAACCUCAGACUGAACAAAUGCAACCUCUCUCACUGACUAUGAAACCGGCCCACCAGUCACUCCACCACCCGCACCUCCUGGCUGGGCCUCCACCGCCAUCUUUGGCUCAGCUGGAAAACUCUGCCACGGCUAGCAAAACGCCCGGCACCUCGUCCCACAACGGAGCCCUGGAGCACGGCGACGUCUCGUCCUCGCGGCAGCCGGGCUCCUCCGUGGCGUCCUCACUGUCCCGGCCCUUGGCAUUGCUGUGUCACCCCCACUCGCUGCUCCCCUCCACGGCCCCUCAGCCUCUGUCGCUAGUGACCAAGUCCAUAGAAUAGUCGACCCUAUUCUUCUUCUCCUGCUCUUUUUCUAACUCUGCAGACACUCACUCACCUUCCUCUGCUAGAUUUUACCUGCCGUCAGUUGUUUUGCAUUUGUUUCUGUGCCAUGUGGCUUUGAAAUUUUGUUUUUAUUAAAGUUCAUUGGUCAAUAUUUGACCCUUCAUUAUCAAAAAAAAAAAAAAAAUCGAAUUAUUAUAAAGAAAUAAUACAAUGAGCUGUAGUAUAGCUUUGUGAAUCUGCCAAAAUUUUUAUGAAUUUUAAUUUGUCUUUUUUUUUUUGUAGUGUUAAACAUUGCAAACAGAAAGUUAUCUACUUCAACUUCAAAACGUUUUAAAGGAUAUAAUAAGGUAGGCUAGAUCAUUCAUGGAGCCCUUUUCUUAAAAUCGUUGGUUCUCUUUCUUUAUUUGUAUUAAAUACGAGCUCGCGAACCAAUCAGUUGUCAUCAGUUGAAAGCGUAGGAGGGCGUGAGGCUAGCGAUGACACCUCUCUGAGGAACAACUUUAAUUGUGAUGUUACUUGUUCUUGUUUAAAUGUACAGAAUAACUGGGGGGAGGGGAUUACUGUGUUAAAUAUGCAUUCGUCCACUGCGUUGUCUCUAUUUUUCUUUGUUGUUUACCUUUGGGGUGGAGUCGAGCAACUGAGGGCGGGGUUUGAGGGGAGGUCAGGGUGGGAGGGUUGACAGGUUGUUCAAUUCAAAAUGUCACAAUGCUAGGACCAGUAGUAUUUAUUGCUUUAGAGAUUGCUUGUUGUAUCUUGUAUGUGUCUCCUUUUUUUGUUUUUUGUUUUUGGUUAUUUUUUUCUUAAUACAUUGUACAAAUAUUUUUUUCUUAAGGUAAGCGACUUAUAUAUGAAUGAUCCAUUUUUACAAGGAGGUUUUAAACAAAAAAACCAAACAACAAAUCUUUUGUUACCGAUGAGUUCAUUUUGUUUCCUCGCUGAAAACCUGGAUUUCACGCGGUGUACUGUGUCGAUCUCACGAACAGAAGUAUGCACAACUUCAUUUCAAGAAAUGCGUCUAUAAGCCAUUUUACAAAACGAAGAAAAGGAAACCUGAAACGACAGUGGGUACCAUGUCUUCAGUAGUUGGGAAAGGUGUCUAACUAAAGCUGCCCCAUUUUUUUUAAAUGACACAGUCACAUCUCAGACUGUAAAUUCGUGUACAGAUUUUUCCGUGCCAAAUUUUGUGAUUUUUUUUUCCUCUGCCCCUCUAACCAUGCUGUAGGUAUCUUUUUCCGUUCCGUUCUCCAUUUUAUUUCGAUGCCAUUCUUUGCUGUGACGUUACAUAGAUUGCUAUGUAUGUAGUAUAAAUGUUGCUAUAACAAAUGUGUUUGGUAGCAAAUUGUCAAAUAUUAAAAUUUAAACUUAAUAAAAAGACGGACAUGAUACUGUAUAAAUAAACCCACAAUGGCCAAAUUAUGUAUAUUAGGAAGUUCAUAAAAAACUAUUAAACACAAAAAAAUACACAAACUGCCACUUUUAAGUACACUACUACAUAUAGGUAGAUAGAAAAAAAAUAGGCAUGUUGAUGUUACAAGAGGCUGUAAAAAAAUUUAAAAGAAAAAAAAAAGCUACAAGAGAAUCAUCCACUCGGUGCCAUUGUAGUUGACAUGACGCGACUGUAACCUGUCGAUUUCUUCUCUGGUUUAUUAAGAUGCUAAUGAUAAAUAGUUUGAAUGUUUCCUUAACGGCUGUGAUGUUCCUGUUCUACUUUAUGCUCUUAUCUUUUUCUUUGUUUUUCUCCUGUUAUUUUAAAUGGUUCCAAAACCAUGUUUUUUUGUAAUGAAUAAAUGUUUAUGCUGUACAGUCUCUGUAGCAUGCAGUUCUGUAUUAAUAAAAGCAACUUAGUAUGUG